AUGGACAAAAAGUCGAAUUUAUCACAGAAUCAGCCAAGCCAGCGAGACAUGUCUACCGAACAUAGUUUUGUGCAUUCCACUCCGAGCUCUCCACAAAGCCAGUCACCCGGUAAUGUUUAUAACUCAGGAAGAACAGUUGUUUAUAACCAGUCCGGCUAUGUGAACUUGGUUGUUUCCCCCUCUAGCUCAGAUCAUGAUGAUCCUGUUUUAUUUGGUAAUUCCACUUCUGGAAGCAGAAUUCCUGAGGAUGAUGAACAGAGCCACCACGAUAAUCUUCAGUCUGUACCCAAUCGCAACAAGUAG